GCUGAUUGUGAGGGACGCUAUGCCGUUGUAAAUAUUGUUGCAAGCGAGACCGGUUGGGUUUUUCUUCUUAACUGCCAACAGAGGUUUUGUUUAAAUCGGAUUGUUACGAUUGGAUAGUUAAGCGCGCGUGUUCUUGUGGCUAUUCCCCUUUAAUCUGAUUUUUUGAGUAUGAGUGGGCCAACACCAAACUAUUUAUGCGCGGACACAGUAAAGAUCCAGGAUUAUACGUUGUUUGACAAAGUUAAUGAAAUCCAGAACGACCUUCAAUCGGCUGUAUCUGAACUUCGCGGCGUGAAGGAUGCUGUUGAGAUGCUCACUAAGGCUGUUGGGACGCUUACGGAGUUCGUUGAACAGACGACACAGGUGGAGCCCGAGAUACACGAUAAAAUGGAUGAUUAUUUCCCUAUAAAGUCCGACGAGGAGCUUUUGGAAAUUGACGAAAAAAUAAACCAGGGGCGUGGUGACAGAUAUAUAAAGCAUAUGGUACGGCUCUUGAGCCAGGAAAAGAUGAGUCGAUCAAUACGAAACAUAUUUUCGGAGGAUAUAAUUUUAAAUUACAAUUUGGAGGGAGCCCAACAUAAGAAAAGGCUUAAAUCUUUUGAGCAUUUUGUUCGCGCGCUUUUGCAUGCCAUUGGUCAGGUAGACCCUUCAGAAUCCGCUGAGAGAGCGUUGUCGAAGGCAAUGAGAUGCGUUAAAACUCUUCACGCAGGCAAAAGGAAAUCCGAAGGGCCGGCCGUAGAGGUAAAGGUCAAGGUUAAAACGUCACGAAAAUUGGAAAUAUUCGAAUAUUUCCCUAUAAAAUCAGAUGAUGAGCUAUCGGAGAUAGAUGAAAGAAUAAACAAGGGGAAUUGCGAUAGAUAUAUAGAGCAUAUGGUACUGCUUUUGAGCCGACAAAAGAUGAGUCGAUCAAUACGAAACAUAUUCUCGGAAGCGCUCAUUCUUAAUUAUAAUUUAGACGGAUCCCAAAGUAAAAAAAAGCUUAACGUUUUUGAAAAUUUUCUUCCAGCGCUAUUGAAUGCCGUCGGUAAGGUAGAGCCUACUGUUCCGUCUAAAAAAGCGUUGACUAAGGCAAUGAGAUGCGUUAAGAACCUUCAUUCAUCCCGAAAGAAUAAAACAAAUCAAAGUUGAAUAAAACUUUGCACAACAAUUUAGACAAGACAAGCUUAACUUUAGGAAAAACUCAUUGGACAGGGAGCUAACCCUAAAUGAAAUAUAAGAAUAUAAUUAAACAAUCUGUACUCGUACAUUUGACCAUUUAAAAAAUAAACCAAGAGAGAUACCUGUUACUCAACAAGUAGCAAAGCGUCUGUUCCCAAGAUUA